CCCGACGAUACACCUUGUCGCCAACAACCCACACAACGCGGCAAGAUGCGUACCUACGAAGACAGCUUUUCCGGCCAGAGGAUCUACCCUGGAAAGGGUAAGAUCUAUGUCCGUGGCGACAGCAAGGUGUUCCGAUUUGUGAACGGCAAGUCCGAGUCACUUUUCCUCCAGCGAAAGAACCCCCGUCGCAUUGCCUGGACGGUCCUGUACCGACGACAGCACCGCAAGGGUAUCUCUGAGGAGGUUGCCAAGAAGCGCACUCGCCGUGCCGUCAAGUCCCAGCGAGCCAUCGUUGGUGCUUCCCUCGAGGUCAUCAAGGAGCGCCGGUCUAUGCGCCCCGAGGCCCGAUCUGCCGCCCGCGCCGAGGCCAUCCGACAGGACAAGGAGAAGAAGGCCGCUGCCCAGGCUGCCAAGAAGGCCGAGAAGGCCAAGAACGCUGCCACCGCCGCCAAGGGCCAGACCCAGCGAAACGUGAGCAAGCAGGGCGCCAAGGGUGCGCAGGUUAAGGUUGCUGCCCGAUCCCGCUAAGCGUCUUGAAGUUGAAGGCGCGCGUUGGAGGACGAAAGGGGUAUAAAAUUUGGGCAUCCGAUGGCGGCGACGGAUGACGGGACGAUGGUUGUGUGUGUGCAGCGCAGCGGAUGAGCAAAAUGAAACAACGUCUGGAGUCUGUGGUUCUUGUCUCUUUCCGGCCGGUUCUUCUACACAUAUCGGGUGCAUGGAAUGCCAUAGGGUGCAUUGGUAGUUGAGCAAAUGACAUACCGGUGCAAUGGGUUUACGUGUAUGGGACCUGUUGCUGCGAAACAAAC